AUGAAAAGUGAUACUAUAAGAUAUCUUUCAGAAAUAACAACAAAUGAUAAAAAAUAAUUUAUGUUUAAUAAAUAAUCAAAUAUUUAGUAGAAAAUUUAAGAUAUAUUUGAAGGGGGGAUCUCAAAAAUUGAUCCAAAAUGGUUAGGAUUAGCACUAAGUUAAGCAGUAUAUACAUAUGAAAUUUUGAAUGAUAAAGUUAGUGCUUGUAAAAUAGCUUAAAAAGUAAUGUUUUCAAGUAUUAGAGGCAUUUGAUGGGGCACUUUCAGAAUUAGAUCAAAUAUCAUAAGAUAAUUAUAAAGAUGUGACUAUAAUAAUUUAAUUAUUACGUGAUAAUCUUGUACUUUGGGAAUCUGAAUAGAUGAAUGAAGCAAAUAAUAAACAGAAAGAGUGA